ACAGUGAACAUAUGUAAAAUAGGCUGGUCUUUCUUUGACUGGUACAUAGACAUGUUCAUUAUCAUGCAGUUAUGUGAGCAAACAGGUUGGUAAACUGGUUGUAUCAGGGAGGAGCAGGUUGCCUGCCUCAGUAGUUAUCCCUGAGAGCAGAUUCUUUCUACCUGUCAGAGUACAGUCCUACAGGGCAGAUGUUUUAUUCUGAAAGAAACUGGAUUUUUUGUAUAAAUUACAAAAAAACACUGCACUUAAUGUAGUGUGUUCAUUUAGCUAUACUGGAAGGACUGACCAGCACUCUGAAGCUCCCUCUGAAUCAUGAAGAAAGUGAAGCACACCCUGCGGAGGACCCUGUGUGUGUUGCUGGGCAUUGGUUUCGUCUGGUGUCUGAGUUGGCCAUAUUUUAUCCUGAGCAAUGUUGACCAGGAGAGCAAAGGUGGUCACAGCAGACUGAGGCAGCAUGGCAAAGUGUGGAUAGAAAAAAGCAGGGCUGAAGUCUCUCCCCCACCUCCUUUGAAGGACUACAAAGCAGAGUUACAGGCACUCCAGGUUAAAAUGGAGGCAGAGACAGAAAAAGGACAAAUGAAGAAUGAGAUGAUCAAAGAGCUGCAUUCUGAUAAACUCUAUCUUCAGCAACAAGUGGCUCACUUGGAGGAACUCCUAAAGCUACAGUUGGAGAAGGAGGAGAAAAAUAUCCAACAAGUAAAAUCUGAUGAUGAAAUCAAAGAGGAUGAAAAUUGCCCACUGCCACCCAUGGACGGACACCCAGAGUGUAAGGGGAAACUAAAGUGGUUAAAGGAGAUGUGGAGGACUGAUCCUUGUUACAGCAGCUAUGGGGUGAAUGGAUCUCUGUGCUCCAUCCUCAUCUACCUCAGCGAGAUAGAGUCCUGGUGCCCUGUGCUUCAAGGCCGAACAGUCUCCCCAGCUCAAGUGGAAAACUCUGAGGCAGUAUCUGACCAAGCAGUGGUACGGGACAGUCUAGAAGGUCUGUAUCCAUCUCUGGAAAACAGAGUCCAGUUCCAAUGGAUUCACCAAAGAAUUAAAAGUAUGGGAGAGAUUUGGGUCGAGGCCGGACGCUCUCUUUCAGCCAAACACAACCUCACAGAGCGGAAAGCCAAACAGAUCCUGGUGCAUCCCGGUGCGUUGACGCAGGAAUCUGGUCUUAAAAUAGCAGAGACUGCCUUCAGUGGCGGCCCUCUUGGGGAACUAGUCCAGUGGAGUGACCUUCUCUCCACACUUCACAUCCUGGGUCACCACGUUCACCUCAGUGCCUCUAUACCUGAUCUCAAGGAUUAUCUAGGGAUUAAGACAGGUGGUUGCCCACCUCAUCAUUCAAAAGUGGAAGCAGACCUGAUCUACACAGACAUUAUUGGCUUUAAACAGUUUCAGACAGUACUUCAGACAUCCUGGAUCAAAUACAGGUGUAUGAUUCGUGUGCUGGAUUCUUUUGGCACUGAGCCUGACUUCAACCAUGCAGCUUGGGCCAAGGAGCACAACCUCAAGAGUCCAUUUGGCGGCCUAAAUCUGAUCCCAGCGCAGUUCUACACCAUGUUCCCUCACACACCAGACAACACAUUCCUGGGCUUUGUGGUGCAGCACCAGCUGAACUCUGAAGAAACUGAGCAGCUCGAGUCCACCAAGAGAAAAAACCAAGCUCUCGUGUACGGCAAGAGUGCCACGUUCUGGAAGGGUAAAGAGGCUUUUCUGGACAUUAUCCACAACUACCUGGAGGUUCAUGGGACAGUUGACGACAGUGCUCCGAUUCCAGGCUAUGUGAAAAACCACGGCAUUAUCAAAGGGACUGAGGUGCAGACGCUGCUGAGACAGAGCAAGGUUUUUGUGGGGUUGUCUUUCCCAUAUGAAGGCCCCGCCCCUCUGGAAGCCUUAGCCAAUGGCUGUGUUUUCCUGAACCCCAGGUUACACCCUCCGCAGAGCAGCCUGAACUCAGAGUUCUUCAAAGGAAAGCCCAACGUCAGAGAGCUGACAUCGCAGCAUCCUUAUGUUGAGGCCAUAGGAGAGCCUUACGUCUGGAUGGUUGAUAUGCACAAUAAAACAGAUGUGGAGAGAGCACUAACUGCCAUACUCAAUCAAAGUAUUGAGCCCUACCUUCCGUAUGAGUUCACCUGUGAAGGAAUGCUCCAGAGGGUUAACAUCCUGAUUGAAAAGCAGGAUUUCUGCUCCAGUACAGGGGGCUGGCCCCUGCUGAGCGCGCUCCAGGUUGUGAGGGCGGAGGAUGGCACUUCCUGUAAACAGGCGUGUCAGACGGCGGGGCUGAUCUGUGAACCUGCAUUCUUCCCACAUCUUAACAGCACCCAAAAUCUUGCCACCUACAGGGUGGAUUGUCAAACAUCAGAGGUUUCUGACAGACUGGUAGUGCUCCCAGCCUACAACACCACCAGUAAACACUGUCUGUUCCAGUCUGAUCCUCUGCUCUUCAGCUGCGUGAGAUCACACAAGUCCCUGAUUCGCAUCUGCCCCUGCAGAGACUACAUUAAGGACCAGAUCGCCUUAUGCAGGGAAUGUAUCUAACUGCUGUUCACAUACUAUAAAGGUCAAUCCUUGGAUCAAAGCACAGCAGCAUCUCAUGUCAACGUGGCCAUCUCCAGCUGACUCAGCAGGAUGUCGACAGGUUUGAUUCUUGGCCUUCUCCAGAUGGAGUUUGCACUUUUGCGAAUGAUUUGAAUUUGGACUGUAUGGAUCUACUUAAACUGAAUUUCUGUUCUCAGCGCUCAUGAACUGAUCCCUGACAGACUUUGGGUGAGGUUUCUGCCUCUAACGGCACCAGCGACAGCUGUGGCCAGAGGCGUUAUGUUUUCAGGUUGAGUGUCCGUUUGUCCCAGUCUCGUGAACCACGAUAUCUCAGGAAUUUCAUUACUUCUGGUCCAAAUACUCACUUGGACUUGGGGAUGAACUGAUUAGAUUUUGAUAGCCAAAGGUCAAAGGUCAAGGUCAGUGUGACCUCAUAAAACAUGUUUUUGCCUUGUGAAGGUGAUAUUUCAGGGAUUUUAGCACAAACACUGACUUGGACUCGGGGAUGAACCGAUUCAAUUUUGGAUGAUCAUGAAUGAAUUUCUGUAUAAAAGCUGGUUCUCAGUGCAUACUGUCUCCUUCUGUUGACUGGGCUCCUCUUCUCUCUCUCUCUAAAACACAAAGAGCAGAUAAGGAAGAAAAAGAGUCAAUAACUGGGAUAAAGAGGAACCAUAAUAUCAAAGAAUAAAUGGUACUUAUCUUUUUAAAUGAGAAGGUUCACAGUGAGUGAAAUCUCUGCUGCUCUUUUUCUUUUUCCUCUUAUCUCUGUAAAAGACAUAUUAGUUGUUAAUUUGUCAUGAAUAACAGUUAAUAACUUCUGUGUCAGUGCUGUCUCCUGGGCUCAGCCUGGACUUCUUCCUCUCUCUAAAAGACAAACCACAGAUAAUGGUUAAUAAACAACUUCAGAACAUA